AUGGCGUACGGCCUGUCACAUUCGUACUUUGGUGCCAAUUUCAUUUCCGACUUCAAUUUCAUCAACUACGUCGACCCCUCCAAUGGCUUCGUAAGGUAUCAGAGCCAGCCCGAUGCCCUGGCAAAGGGUCUCUACUCGAUCAACCCGGUCACGCAGGCCGUGACGCUAGGCGUCGACCACACCAACAUCUACGGCCUCGGCGAGGGGCGGCCGAGCGUACGACUGGAGAGCAAGAGGCAGUACAAUCACGGUCUGUUCAUUGGCGAUUUCGCCCACAUGCCGCCGUCAGUUUGCGGCCUGUGGCCAGCUUGUAAGCCGACCAUGUUCAUCUCUACUUGGCACUUCUCCGAUAAGGAUUGGGCUGUGCUCUAA